GACAGGACUCCGUCUGCUCCAAACCCACCAUAGUGGGUCUCAUACACGUGAUAAGCGCCCAUAGGAUAGAAAUGGUUGGCUUGCCGCCGAGUUGGCCUCCAUCAUUCUGACCAUGUUUCCGCAAGAUUGCGCCGAGCUGAUCAAGGCUUUAGGCUCCUUUGACUAUGCCUGUGCUAAUAAGCACCUCAUGAGAAUUAGCAAGGCACACCCGACGGCUGGGUCAAUAUGUUCAAGGGUUAUCCAAUGCGAGAGUCUAUAUAGCUCCAUGCAAUUUCUGAAACCGAAAUUGUUCAGAAGAGAAGACCAUCUAUACCAAAUAUACAGCGAGAUUGCCGUGGAUAUCGAUCGAGAACUUUUGGUUUACCGGGAUACGAGCAUUGGAAGCUAUGGCUCUGCGGAAAUGGACCUCUCCAAGGCAAUUGUAGGAGCAGUACGGCACGGAGCAUCAGGCCAUAACUCUCCAGUCAUGAACAUGUCUGAACAGUAUUAUCAGGGAAGCAGCUCUAACGGACGUGAGGAACAGACCGCCGCCGAUCAUGUUGUGCUCUAUACCAUUCUCCGAGAACUAUGCAGUCUUAGGAUGAUUCUGAUCCGAACCUAUCGGCUAUUGUCAUCAUCGACCGUUGAUAUUGAUGUGGACAAUCUACUUAUCGACGCAGAGCAAGCUCUCCAGACAUUCGACUCAGCAUCUCUCGAGAUCCAAGUCUCGGUCCUUGGUGUUGGCAUUGGGUACGAGAUCCGAGUACUAAAGCACGGACUUGUCAUGGAUAAAGCCGUCUCUGAGUACGACAUCCAAAAGUCCGUUACCAAUUUGCACCUUGCCUGCGUUGCCCUCGCAGAAUGGCGGCGGAUAUCUUCUGAGCAGGAAUAUGAAGACAAGUCUUACCAUCGACCUGAGGAGACCUCAUGGCGAUACAGCAUCUUUGCGAGUAGUUCAGAGGAUAAGAACAAGUCGGCGGUCAAAGGGAAAUUCAAUUUGCAUCCCAAUCACCUACAGUGGCUGGGUCGAUGGAUCGCCAGCGAGAAGUGCAAGAUGACGAUCUACUUUAUGAAUGUUCUGCUGGAGAAGGAGCAGGCUAUGGGGGGCGACGAGCGGAGCCUUUGGGCGAAUAUCGAACCAGACUUGCACGGAAUGAUCAGAACGUUCCGCAAGAAGGCUGGUCCGCAUAGUGUUUCGUUUGUGUACGAGAUAUCUCGAGAUGUCCGCUUCUCUGCCAUGGGCUUUGUCAGUGCAAAUGCGCCAUACGAAUCCCCGACUGGUCUUAACUCCUUUCCUUGCAUUUACAGCUAUCCACCGGAACCUCCACGAGACCAUUGGCCGAACAUCAUUUCAAUCAUGCAGGGUAGUGUCAAUAUCCUCCGCCAUUUCCGAAGCCAGUACUUUUACGACCACAAGAUCGGAUGUACCUAUUACAUUGCGCGGAUCGAUAAACAUGUCUCUGUAGUUAUAAUCUACCUCGACAAACACACUCAGCCCGAUGCAGGCGCCAUGGACUUUCUGCAGCUCUUGGCCGGCAAAUUACGACAUACUGAAGUCCUAUCUGCGUUGCGACUAGAGUAAAAGUAACACUUUACAUGCAUUUUGCCUCAUUUGCUUGCUGAAGUUGUGCUUGUUAAAGCCGCAUCGCGCUGUAUAUUUAUUAUGUGAGCAGAUGUGU